AUGCAUACUGCAGCGCUCUUCGGUUGCUGCAGUGCAUGCAAAGGUCUUUUAGAAGCUGGUUGCAGACCCAACGAUCAAGAUGAGGAUGGACCUACGGCCUUGAUUUUAGCGGCUGAGGACGGAUAUGAUUCCAUCGUCAAUCUACUUCUAGCUGCAGGUGCGUCGGUGAAGAUUGUGUCGUCGACGGGCGUGAGAGCAUUGUCAAUUGCCGCUGGGAAUGGCCACGCUGAAGCCGUCCGGCUUCUCUUGAGUCAUGGAGCGGACAAGAACUUCGUGAUGGAAGAGAGGGUACCUAUGUUGCUCACCGCAAUAUACCGCGGACAUCGUGAUGUGGUGAAUCUGCCGAUUGAAAGUGGCAUCAAUCUUGAGUCUAGGUGGAAAUCGUGGACGCCGUUAUACCUCGCAGCAGUCGGGGACGAUAUCACAACAGUGAAUGAGUGGCUUGAGAAAGACGUGGACAUCCACUGCCCUGGACCAGAUGGCAUGACGAUACUGCAUCACGCCAUCCGUCAUGGCAGACAUGAACUGAUCAAUCAUUUAUUAGAUAUGGGCUUCGAUGUUAAUGCCUGCAUGAAGCCGCAAAUGCCGGACAACUGGAGAUUUCGACUCGAUUGA